UGAGAGCGCUGUAGAGUGUAGAUCAGAAAAGGGAAGGGGGACAGUCGGUGGUCAGUUUAUGCAGGGCAUAAACAUAAAUAAUUAAAUCCCAAAGGCAACCGACAACAGAGGUCCCAGGAAUAUCACCUUCGGAGACUUUCCGGUCACCUUUGGCGGCCUGACCAGCGCCGUGGUGACAAUUUAAAGGCUGUUCCUGCUCACAAAGCGGCGUGCCGAGGAAGGACGCGUCUCUUUGAAUAGACAGGAUGCACGGACCGCCCUCCGGUGACAGCGCAUGCCCAUUGCGCACGAUCAAGAGAGUUCAAUUCGGCAUCAUCAGUCCAGAUGAGCUUAAACGGAUGUCAGUUACGGAAGGGGGAAUCAAAUACCCCGAAACAACAGAAGGAGGACGUCCUAAACUUGGUGGCCUUAUGGACCCAAGGCAAGGAGUUAUAGAACGCAGUGGGAGGUGUCAGACAUGUGCAGGCAACAUGACAGAAUGCCCGGGCCACUUUGGGCACAUAGAAUUGGCAAAGCCAGUUUUCCAUGUUGGCUUCAUAACAAAGAUAAUGAAGGUUCUUCGGUGUGUCUGCUUCUUCUGCUCCAAGCUCUUGGUGGAUUCAAACAAUCCCAAGAUAAAGGACAUCCUGGGUAAAUCUAAAGGGCAGCCAAGGAAGCGUUUGACCCACGUGUAUGAGCUGUGCAAAGGCAAAAAUAUCUGUGAAGGAGGAGAGGAGAUGGACAACAAAUUUGGAAUGGAGCAACAGGAGACAGAGGAGGAUAUUACCAAGGAAAAGGGUCAUGGUGGAUGUGGGCGCUACCAGCCACGUAUCCGGCGCUCUGGCUUGGAGCUGUAUGCUGAGUGGAAGCAUGUUAAUGAGGAUUCACAAGAAAAGAAAAUCUUGCUAAGUCCUGAACGUGUGCAUGAGAUUUUCAAGCGUAUCGCAGAUGAAGAAGACAUUAUCUUGGGUAUGGACCCCAAGUUUGCCCGACCAGAAUGGAUGAUUGUAACUGUGUUGCCUGUGCCUCCACUGGCUGUGAGACCCGCUGUAGUCAUGCAGGGCUCUGCUCGUAACCAGGAUGACCUGACCCAUAAGUUGGCUGACAUUGUCAAGAUCAACAACCAGCUGAGAAGAAAUGAGCAGAGUGGUGCAGCCGCACACGUCAUCGCUGAGGAUGUGAAGCUGCUUCAGUUUCAUGUGGCCACUAUGGUUGACAAUGAAUUGCCAGGCCUGCCAAGGGCAAUGCAAAAGUCUGGCCGCCCUCUGAAAUCCAUAAAGCAGCGUUUAAAGGGAAAGGAAGGACGGGUGAGGGGUAACCUUAUGGGCAAACGUGUGGACUUCUCAGCCCGAACCGUCAUCACCCCGGACCCCAACCUCCAAAUCGACCAAGUGGGCGUUCCUCGAUCCAUUGCAGCAAACAUGACCUUCCCAGAAAUUGUCACACCCUUUAAUAUCGACAGAUUACAAGAGCUGGUACGAAGAGGGAACAGCCAGUAUCCUGGAGCCAAGUACAUCAUCCGUGAUAAUGGAGACAGGAUUGACCUGCGAUUUCACCCUAAACCAAGUGACCUUCAUCUGCAAAUUGGCUACAAAGUGGAAAGACACAUGUGUGAUGGAGACAUUGUCAUCUUCAACCGUCAGCCUACACUACAUAAAAUGUCUAUGAUGGGACACAGAGUUCGGAUCCUGCCGUGGUCCACCUUUCGACUCAAUCUCAGUGUCACCACCCCAUACAAUGCUGACUUUGAUGGAGAUGAAAUGAACCUCCACCUGCCUCAGUCCCUCGAGACAAGGGCAGAGAUUCAGGAGCUUGCCAUGGUACCACGAAUGAUUGUCACACCCCAGUCCAAUCGGCCUGUUAUGGGUAUCGUGCAGGACACCCUCACAGCUGUUCGCAAAUUUACAAAAAGAGAUGUUUUCUUAGAGAGGGGUGAAGUGAUGAACCUACUGAUGUUCCUCUCCACCUGGGAUGGGAAAAUGCCUCAGCCUGCCAUCCUCAAGCCUCGCCCUUUGUGGACAGGCAAGCAGGUUUUCAGCCUCAUCAUUCCAGGACACAUCAAUGUGAUCCGUACACACAGUACCCACCCUGACGAUGAGGACAGUGGGCCUUACAAACACAUCUCACCUGGUGACACCAAGGUUAUAGUGGAGAAUGGGGAGUUGAUAAUGGGCAUUCUGUGUAAGAAGUCUCUUGGAACCUCGGCCGGCUCCCUCGUCCACAUCUCCUAUCUGGAGAUGGGCCAUGACAUCACCAGACUUUUCUACUCUAACAUUCAGACAGUGGUCAACAACUGGCUGCUCAUCGAGGGUCAUUCAAUUGGUAUUGGUGACUCCAUUGCUGAUGCCAAGACGUACCUUGACAUCCAGAAUACCAUCAAGAAAGCCAAACAGGAUGUGAUAGAAGUCAUUGAGAAAGCUCACAACAAUGAGCUCGAGCCGACCCCCGGUAACACUCUGAGGCAGACUUUUGAGAACCAGGUGAAUCGUAUCCUCAAUGAUGCUCGUGACAAAACAGGAUCUUCUGCUCAGAAAUCUCUGUCCGAGUACAACAACUUUAAGUCCAUGGUGGUGGCUGGCUCCAAGGGCUCAAAGAUUAACAUCUCACAGGUUAUUGCUGUGGUGGGUCAGCAGAACGUGGAAGGUAAACGAAUCCCCUUUGGCUUUAAGCACCGAACUCUGCCGCAUUUCAUCAAGGAUGACUAUGGUCCUGAGAGCAGAGGCUUUGUGGAGAACUCCUACCUGGCUGGACUGACACCAACCGAGUUCUUCUUCCACGCCAUGGGAGGCAGAGAGGGUCUGAUCGACACGGCUGUCAAAACAGCUGAGACUGGUUAUAUCCAGCGUCGUCUGAUCAAAUCUAUGGAGUCUGUGAUGGUGAAGUAUGACGCCACAGUGCGAAACUCCAUCAACCAGGUGGUGCAGCUGCGCUACGGUGAGGACGGCCUGGCAGGAGAGAAUGUCGAGUUCCAAAAUCUGGCAACACUAAAACCCUCACACAAAGCCUUUGAAAAGAAGUUUAAGUUCGAUUGCACCAAUGAGCGUGCUCUGAGGCGGAUCCUGCAGGAAGACGUGGUGAAAGACGUGCAGACCAACGCGCACAUACAGAGUGUUUUGGAGAGGGAGUUUGAGAAGAUGAAGGAGGACAGGGAGAUCCUGCGAGCUAUUUUCCCCACUGGUGACAGCAAGGUGGUGCUGCCGUGCAACCUUGCACGAAUGAUCUGGAAUGCCCAGAAGAUCUUCCGAAUCAACACUCGAACUCCAACUGACCUGAAUCCUCUCAGAGUGGUCGAGGGUGUUCACGAGCUGAGUAAGAAACUGGUGAUUGUGAAUGGUGAUGACCCUCUGAGCAGACAGGCCCAGGAAAAUGCCACGCUGCUUUUUAACAUCCACCUGCGCUCCACGCUCUGCUCCAAACGCAUGACCGAGGAGUUUCGUCUUUCCACUGAAGCUUUUGACUGGCUGCUGGGAGAGAUUGAGACCAAGUUCAACCAGUCCAUUGCUCACCCAGGUGAAAUGGUUGGUGCUCUGGCUGCUCAGUCACUGGGAGAGCCAGCCACACAGAUGACACUGAAUACUUUUCACUACGCUGGUGUGUCAGCCAAGAACGUAACUCUUGGUGUGCCUCGUCUAAAGGAGUUGAUCAACAUCUCAAAGAGGCCCAAGACACCCUCACUGACCGUUUUCCUGCUGGGUCAGGCAGCACGUGAUGCUGAGCGGGCCAAGGACAUCCUCUGUCGACUGGAGCACACCACGCUGCGCAAAGUCACCGCAAACACUGCCAUCUACUACGACCCCAACCCUCAGAACACUGUGGUGGCUGAAGACCAGGAGUGGGUGAAUGUCUACUACGAGAUGCCCGACUUUGACGCGACACGCAUCUCACCGUGGCUGCUGCGCAUCGAGCUCGAUCGGAGGCACAUGACAGAUCGCAAGCUGACUAUGGAGCAGAUUGCUGAGAAGAUUAAUGCAGGUUUUGGGGAUGAUCUGAACUGCAUCUUCAAUGAUGACAACGCUGAGAAGCUCGUGCUGCGAAUUCGAAUCAUGAACAGCGACGAGAACAAGUUCCAGGAGGAUGAGGAGGUGGUGGACAAAAUGGACGACGAUGUGUUCCUGAGGUGCAUCGAGUCAAACAUGCUGACAGACAUGACUCUGCAGGGCAUUGAGCAGAUUAGUAAGGUGUACAUGCACUUGCCUCAGACUGACAACAAGAAAAAGAUCAUCAUCACUGAAGAUGGUGAGUUCAAGGCCCUGCAGGAGUGGAUCCUUGAGACAGACGGAGUGAGUCUCAUGAGGGUCCUCAGCGAGAAGGACGUGGAUCCUGUCAGGACCACCUCCAACGACAUUGUGGAGAUCUUCACGGUUUUGGGAAUUGAAGCUGUGCGAAAGGCACUGGAGAGGGAGUUGUACCACGUCAUCUCCUUUGACGGUUCCUACGUCAACUAUCGCCACUUGGCUCUGCUCUGUGACACCAUGACCUGCCGUGGUCACCUGAUGGCCAUCACACGUCAUGGCAUCAAUCGUCAGGACACAGGACCUCUCAUGAAGUGUUCUUUUGAGGAGACGGUGGAUGUGUUGAUGGAGGCGUCAUCCCAUGGCGAGAGUGAUCCGAUGAAGGGUGUAUCUGAGAACAUCAUGCUUGGUCAGCUGGCCCCAGCAGGGACGGGCUGCUUCGAUCUGCUUCUGGAUGCUGAGAAGUGCAAAUAUGGCAUGGAGAUCCCUACAAACAUCCCUGGUAUCAGCGUGGCUGGACCCACUGGAAUGUUCUUUGGCUCUGUGCCGAGUCCAAUCAGCGGCAUGUCCCCUGCCAUGACCCCAUGGAACACAGGGGCCACCCCAGCAUACGGCGCUUGGUCCCCAAGUGUUGGGAGUGGUAUGACCCCGGGAGCAGCAGGCUUUUCUCCCAGCGCAGCAUCAGAUGCGAGUGGCUUCUCUCCAGGUUACUCACCAGCCUGGUCUCCAACUCCUGGGUCUCCAGGUUCUCCAGGACCUGUUAGUCCAUACAUCCCAUCACCAGGUGGAGCCAUGUCACCAAACUACUCGCCCACCUCCCCUGCCUACGAGCCUCGUUCCCCAGGGGGCUACACCCCUCAGAGCCCGGGCUACUCCCCAACAUCACCUUCCUACUCGCCUACCUCUCCCUCUUACUCCCCCACCAGUCCGAACUACAGCCCAACGUCUCCUUCCUACUCGCCCACUUCACCCAGUUACUCCCCGACAUCUCCUUCCUAUUCACCCACGUCUCCCUCUUACUCCCCAACAUCUCCCUCCUACUCCCCUACCUCCCCGUCAUACUCCCCAACGUCUCCUUCUUACUCCCCCACCUCGCCAAGCUACAGCCCCACAUCGCCAAGCUACAGCCCAACAUCACCCAGUUACUCACCCACUUCCCCCUCCUACUCUCCAACCUCACCUUCUUACUCUCCCACUUCUCCAUCCUACUCCCCUACCUCCCCCUCCUACUCCCCCACAUCUCCCUCCUACUCACCAACCAGCCCAAGCUACAGUCCUACGUCACCAAACUACACUCCCACAUCGCCCAGUUACUCCCCUACCUCCCCUUCUUACUCUCCGACAUCACCGUCUUAUUCCCCAACGUCUCCCAACUACACCCCAACCAGUCCCAACUACUCCCCCACCUCUCCCUCGUAUUCCCCUACUUCUCCAUCCUACUCUCCCUCCAGUCCACGUUACACACCACAGUCACCCACUUACACACCCAGCUCCCCCUCAUACAGCCCCAGCUCCCCCUCCUACUCCCCAACCUCACCCAAAUACACCCCAACCUCUCCCUCGUACAGCCCCAGCUCCCCAGAGUACACCCCUACUUCUCCCAAAUACUCCCCCACCUCACCAAAGUACUCCCCAACAUCUCCGAAGUACUCUCCCACUUCUCCCACCUACUCCCCAACGACUCCAAAAUACAGCCCCACCUCUCCUACCUAUUCUCCCACCUCUCCUACCUACACCCCCACCAGCCCCAAAUACUCUCCUACCUCCCCCACUUACUCCCCAACUUCGCCCAAAUACUCACCCACAUCUCCCACAUACUCACCAACUAGCCCCAAAGGUUCCACCUACAGCCCCACCUCCCCUGGAUACAGCCCCACCUCACCCACCUACAGCCCGGCCAUCAGCCCCGACGACAGCGACGAGGAGAACAACUGAUGAGCCGCGGAGGAGGGGAGGCAGCUGAGGAAGCCGUCACCUCAUGGUAAACCACUGAAGGACAGCAUCUUUUAACCAGCUGGGGGUGGCGGUGGAUCAAGCCACAGGAUCUUUAAUUUGGGGCAAAUCUCGACUUCGACUUCUGUGCCUCCACCGUGUUAAAGAGCUGCCUCACCCUCCCACAUUUAUACCCCCUCCCAGAUGUUUAAAACUCAUGUGAAAGACUUGAACUGUUUUGCCUGAAGGAAAAGUUGCCUUUUGAAAUAGUUUUUUUUUUUAUUUUAACAUGGGGUGUUGAAGCAAAACUGAGAAUCCCGAAAGGGAAUGAAAAAAAGAGGAAGAUGUGAACAAUUAAGGGGAUGACAAAGUCCUUUUUCUUUUUAACUUUGGUGUCCUGCAUCCAGCCUCUCUCUCUCAUUCUCUAAAUGUUGGUUGCGUAGCUGCUUCUGGACAGCGUACAUGUUAUUAAAAACCUCUCUGAGAAGUUCAUUGGAUUGUGUUCACUAAAAAUAUAAGCUGCAAAAGAAAUAAAGGAGGGUGACGUUUAGAUUUUGUUUACUGCUUAUUCCACAAAGAUGUUUCCUGUUAAGACAGUUGCUGGGGGCAUUUUUUUGCAUUUCACUUUGGGUGACAUCUGAUGGUGAAGUCUGAGCUCAUCAGCUGAAAUGCAGUCAAAAUGGGAGAGAAACUGGUUUGCAGAGAAGACCUUUUGAGUUUAAACUAACUACAUAGAUGUAUGUACCCAAUGCCCUCCCAUCUUCCUCCUUCACACCCCAGAAAUCUGAAAGAUGUCAUGAAAACACCCACCAGCAUCCUCUUGUCGUCUACCAGUCUGGAGACUUGUACAUCAAAAGCAAAACAAACCUUCAAAAAAAAAAAGUUUUUCUAAUCAUUUUCCCUUAACGCCGUGAAUUUAAAAGAUUUCUAUUUAAAAUGAUUCAGUGUCUGAUUUUGAAUUUGGGAGGCAGACACAGGGAUGAGGGAUAAUAGUUUGGUGAUGCUGCUUUUGUCAUUGUUUGCAUUGUUUGCAUAAGUAGCACAUGUUAAUGCAUUUUAAUCAUCCCUUCCAUGUUUUGCUAAUCUUUGUCCUAUUUCUGAUAGCUGAAGUGUAUACAGGUUUAUUUGGACUAUUUUAUUUAAGAAAGUUAAUUACAAUUCUGUAUGAAUAUGAAUAGAGAGAAAUUAAGAAUUAAAUUUGUUUUCUCUUGUUUGCUUUAGGUGACUUUGUAGAGCUGUUUGCCGGAGGGUCAUGUUCUUAUACUGUGGAUGAAGGGGCAGGGGACAAAUUUUUGUUUUCAUCCACUUUUCUUUUGGCAGAUUUUUACUUAGUACAUUUUUUCUGUUUCAAAGGUAGAGUAAAAAAGCUCAGUGUUUUAUGUUUUCAAUUUUUGGAUAUUGGAGGAAAACAUUUGUCUGGUUGAUCGUAUUAAAGGGGAGGCAGUUUUUCUUUAUCGUCCAAAGAAACAGCACUUUUGGUCUGCAGUAAAAAAGCUCUAUGUUGAUGUCAACUCCAUUUUUAGAAUGGGUGCUUUCUCUCAAAACCCAAUUUUAACAUUGGUAGAUCUAAUAAAAAUGGAUGCUUCUCAUUUCAUUUGACAAUUAAGUUUCCAAAUAUAUUGAAAUAGCUGGAUCUCCUCCCCCUUCAUCCACCAGCUAUUCUCAUUUCUGAAAUCAGUGUUUCGUUGUAUUUUUCUACCCAUGUAUGUACCUGUGCUGGGAGGGAAUUAUAGGGAUGGAUGGGGUGUGUAUUGGCUCUGACUGGGAGUCCUGCAUAGAUUAAAUUCUUUGAGUCAUCUUUGUUCUCAAAAUCUUAAUCUACCUGCAUCAGAUAUAGUCUUGAGUGGAAGGAAUUGCAUCCUCUGGCCUUUGACAUGAAGCGGGUUGGGAAAUUGCACUUAAAUGUGGUUAAGAUCAGCCCAGGCAUUCACAUUUUGUCCAUUAUGUCUGCAUCCAACCCUGCUGUCUUAACUGUGUGCCAUUCUGUCACUUCAGGACUCCCAGUGUGAACGAAUGUCUGAAUGUGUGUGAAAUUUAUGUCUGAAAGUGAGUCGAAUUGAGGAAAGACUUCCCAUGUCUGCGUAAAAAGAGGUUUAACUUAAAGUUGCCACUGUAUAAAAAUCAAGUCAUUUCAUUCUCUGUAUCUGUUCUGAUUUUUCUUUUUUUUUUUUUUUUUUGACUUUGAAAAUGAAUAAAAGUUUUACUAUACGUCUGUUUUUUGUUUAUUUUUUUAAACUACAGAUGUAAGCUUAGCACACUGUUUUAUCCAGCAAGAAGUGUUUCACUUUUCAGGAUUUGUAUUGGAAAUAAAUGAUUUCAGA